AUGUCGACUGCAUUCGUCAAGGGAAAAUUAAAGCUUGCGCGCGAUGCUCUACAGAGGAAAGACUACGAGGCCGCACGUGAUGCUGCCUCUGCCGUACUCGAGUACGAAGGUGCCAACUAUAACGCAAAAGUAUUCCUCGGUCUUGCUCAGUCAGAGCUCGGAGAUGUCGCUGGAAGUGAAGCAACGUAUAAGGAAGCUAUCGCUUUGAACGGAGCGCAACCGCUCGCACAUCAGGGAUUGGCAAAAGUAUAUGAGAAAGCCAAGAAAUGGGAAGAAUACGCCUUGGCGCUCGAGGCUCUUGCAAGACUAUUCCAUGACGCCGGAGACGCGACGAAAUGCGCGGAAAAUGUGCAGAAGCUCGUUGAAGUCCGGCGUACACACGGCACAGCCACUCAGCUCGCCGAUGCGCUUGCGCUGUAUCUGCCGCCCUCUCCCUUCUACUCUGUGCUCUCCACUCUACCAACACCGGACCAUACUGCUCCCACUUCGACCACAACCUAUACAGCUCAAUGUGCUGUGUACUCCACGCUUCCUGUACUUGAAGAGAUCACGAGUAUCUAUGAACGCGAAGAGGAAACACUCGUCAAGAGGGAGAUCGAGAGUCGGCGAAAGCGACUCGGUGCAAAGGGCCCGGAGGAGAUCAAGCGCGAGGUUGGCAGGGAAGUUUAUGGAACUUCUAAGCUGCCUGGCUUGUACGACGAGUUGCUCAAUCAUCCUGCCUUGCCCGACGAUACACGCCGGCUUAUCGAGGGAAAGUUAUUGAGACAUAAACGAGCUCAUCUACAGGCAUUGGGUACUUCUGACCCUCUCAAGGCGACAUUGGCAAAGGACGUACAAGCUCUUGUCGACGGUGCCGUAUUGCUUGGCAUUGAGGAUGAAGUUGCGUGGGAAAUUUGGAUCGAAGGGCGGGACGCUGCUACAAUUGAGGACUAUGACUUUCCGACGUUGCGGAGAUACUUUGAACUCUUUCCAGGGUCUCCCCGUGCAAAACUUGCGCGAGCGUAUAUGCUGUACAUCGGCGCUUGGGAGGAAGAAGAGGAUGAAAAGGAUGACGAAGGAUAUGAGGGUCCCAUCCCAGACCAAGAAAAAGAAGAGCCGUUGGACAUCAUACUCGACGCGUUCAAUGUGUUAUCAGGCUCUAUUCUCGCGCACCGGGUGCUCUCCGAAGUGUAUCUCUGGGAGUUCGACUACGCCAAUGCUAUCGCAGUAGCUGAGGUUGGGUUAGAGCUUGUCCGUGCACAUGCUAAGGAUACGGGGACACCACUUGACUUCGUUUCCAAGGCGUUCAAUGUCACACUUGCCACAGCUCUUGUACAUCACUUCCCACCAAAACAUCACGCACGCGCACUGCGCAUGCUGGACGACAUUCUCAGUGCAGACCCGGAAAAUGUAUCAUGUCUGAUGGGCCGUGGCUACGUCAUGCAGCGCAAAAGCAGCUGGGAGGAAGCGGCAAACAUGUUUACACGUGUUCCGGACGAACACGACGAAGGUAUCAGGGCGCGCGAGGAAGAAGCGUGGUGCGCUGUACAACUGUACAGGCUUGAUGAGGGCAUCGCCGGUCUCGAAGGCGUUCUGGGCCAGCUUGACGGCGUCGAGGGUAAAGAUGAGGAUCGUGCACGGUGUUUAUAUAGGCUCGGCCAUGCAUACUGGGAGAAGGGCGAUGAAUCGCACGAGGCAGCUUACAAGUAUUACAUCAAGUCGCUGAAAGAGUCUUCCACGUUUGCGCCAUCUUUCACUGCUCUCGGUGUCUACUACCUGUCAACCUCUCCGCCGGACCCUGCGCGUGCUUCCAGAUGCUUUCAAAAGGCUUUUGAACUCGAUGCGCGCGAGGGUGAAGCUGCACGCCGGCUCGCGGAGGGGUUCGCGGAAGAGAAGGAGUGGGACUUGGUCGAAGUUGUUGCGAAGCGUACGAUCGAAGGAGAAGGCGGCGCAGAGGCCGACGCAAACGAGAUUGCGGCUUCUCGAUAUGCACCAACAAAUGCGUGGGCAUGGAAGGCGAUGGGUGUUGUUCAUCUGAAUAGGCGUGACUUUCCUCCUGCUAUACAGGCUUUCCAAGUUGCCUUGCGUGCUACUAGCGACGAUGCGCUCUCUUGGCUUCGGUUGGGCGAGGCGUAUGCCGCUGCGGGGAGACAUGUCGCGGCGCUCAAGGCGCUUAACCGCGCGCGGGAACUAGCGCCUGACGACUGGGUGUGUGCCUAUCAAAUCGGCGAUGUACAGCGCCAAAUGGGACAAUACUCUGAGGCACUUGCAUCAUUGGAGGCCUUACUGGAAGCGCGUCCCGGAGAGCCCGGCGUCAUUGUUGCGCUAGCGCAGACUCAUCUUGAUCUCGGGCGGGAGCAGGCGAACACCGGAUUCCUAGCACGAGCAGAGGACUCCUUCGUACUCGCUGUGGACGCUGCGUUGGAGUUUAUCUCCUCAGAUGCGGGCUUCCGAGGCAUUGUGUGGAAGACGGUCGCGGACGCGUUGAUUCUACUUUCGAAGCGGACAUCAUUCGAAGAUCCGGACAACGUGCGCGACGCACUUGAGGCAGUCCUCCCGUUCAUCACGCUCGAUAAAGGCAGCAGGCUCUCAGAUAUCCUUCCGCUGCCAGUCACCUUGCCAUCCGCAGAAGAGGGUCUGAGGGGUGUUGAUGUACUCAAGGUCGCCUUAGCGAUCUACGAUUACCGGCUCACACUGGGCUUGCCGGAUACAACGGCCACUGCCAGUGCUUGGUACGACUUCGCUAUGGCGCUCCAAGCAUACGAAACCGCAAGCGUCUGGGCCGAAGAUAAGAAGGUCGCCAUUCAUAAGAGUGCUGUCGGCGCUGCGAUGGAGGCUGUGCGAAGUGAUCCGCGCGAACCCCGGCAUUGGCGCGCGUUCGGUGACCUGUCCUUUGUCACUCAGGCCCGUAGCGCACAGCACGCGUAUGUCAGAGCACUUGAACUCGACGGGAAGGAUGUGCAGACGUGGGUCAGCUUGGGCUUACUAUACUUGCAUCAUGGAGACGCACCACUUGCGAACGAGGCUUUUUAUCGCGCUCAGACGCUCGACCCCGAUUAUGCCCUUGCUUGGGUCGGACAAGGCCUGGUUGCUACUCAGAACGGCCACCUUGCGGAUUCAAGAGUCCUGUUCGAGCAUGCUGUAUCUUUGACGGCCGAAGUGCCCGAUGCAGAUCUCGAGUUUGCGCAGCGCGAGUUCAAACACCAUACGCAUCAAAGCUCGGAUAAGCUGUUCCCAGCUUUCUUUGUUCUGGGCCGCUACUGUCAACAACGGCCCGACGAUGCUGCUGCGCUGCAUCUCUACUCCCUCAUAUCUGAACGCGUUGGCCACCUCUCACUAGCCGCUGAGCUUGCAGGACGUGCUAUCGCCGUGCUCGAAGUCGCUUAUGAAGAGAGCGAAGAUGCAACAAUCGAGCGCCAGUUCGCCAUCGCGAAUACGACGAUGGCUCGCGUGCAGCUCGCUCUGAGCGCAUACCCCGUAGCGCUUGAGUAUUAUGAAAGCGCUACUGGUAUCCUCGGCGAGGAUGAAGUCGGCUCAUUGAAAGCCCAGUGUCAUUUUGGCACUGGACUCGCGAACUUCAAGCUUGGGAAGCUGCAAGAAGCAGUAGAAGCCUUCGAGCUUGCACUGGGUGCUGCCGGUGAAGAUGCUGCGAUCAAAGGGCAUGUCACCGUUCUAUUGGCACAAACGUUGUGGGCGAUCGGCUCGCAGGAGGCGCAAGAGAGCGCAAAGGCACAGCUUCUCGAAUGUAUCACUAUAGACCCGGAGAAUCUGACUGCCAUCAACGCACUCGCUGGAAUGGGCAUACUUACCGAGGACGAGAAUCUUGUAGACGCUGCGCUCUCGGAGAUCUUGUCAUUGCCUUUGGAUCAGCGGCGCGCCCGCGACCCUCGACGAGAUGUCAAUUACCUCCUUACACAGCAACGACUUGAACAGAACGAUGUUGGUGGAGCCCGAGCUGAAGCGCAGCGAGCCGUGCAUGCUGAACCCGCUAGCGCAUCUGUCCACCAUUCUCUGGCUCAAGUCGUUAUGCAAACGGGCGAUGCGGCCUCAGCGCACGCCAUCUUGGCGUCAGGAGCUGAGACUGAUAUGAAUGAACAGCGCGAGGCGCUUGCGCUGCUUGCUGUUGCGGAGACAGAGGUAGAUCCUCCCGUCGCCCUCAAGACUGCACAACGCGCAGUAAUCCUUGCGCCGUGGGAGAUAAAGAACUGGCAGGCAUUAGCGUACGCUAGGAGUAAGGGCUCUUGA